AGCGGGAGCCUCCGCGCGGCUGCGGCGAUACGUGGUGGCCCCGGCGGGGCAACAUAGCGCCUCUCUGAUCAUGCUGCACGGUUCAGGUGAUUCUGGCCAAAGAUUCAGAGAAUGGAUCAACCAAGUUUUAAAUCACGACUUAGUUUUUCAGCACAUAAAAAUUAUUUAUCCAACUGCUCCUUCGAGAAAGUUCAUCGCAGCAAUGUUAUCUGUUUGCAAUUUCUUCAUGGAUUAAGGCCAUAUACACCGAUGAAUGGAGGACUCUCCAAUGUGUGGUUUGACAGAUAUAAAAUAUCAAAUGAUUGCCCAGAACACCUUGAAUCUAUUGACUCAAUGUGCCAAGUUCUUACAAGUUUGAUUGAUGAAGAAGUAAAAAAUGGCAUAAAGAAGAGUAGGAUACUAGUUGGAGGAUUUUCAAUGGGUGGAUGCAUGGCACUACAUUUAGCAUUUAGGAAGCAUCGUGAUCUAGCUGGAGUAUUUGUACUUUCUGGUUUUCUCAAUAAAACAUCUGCUGUUUAUCAGGCUCUUCAGAAGAAUGAAGGUACACUUCCUGAAUUAUUUCAGUGUCAUGGCACUACUGAUGAGUUAGUUCUUCAUUCAUGGGGUGAAGAGACAAAUUCAAUUUUGAAAUCAUUGGGAGUAAGCACAACAUUUCAUAGCAUUCCAAAUCUUUAUCAUGAGCUAAGCAGAAGUGAGCUAGAGAAAUUAAAGUCUUGGGUUCUUGAGAAGCUACCAAAAAAAAUACAAAAAACCAAAUGAAUAAAUCAAGUGUUUAUGUUUUUAAAUUGUAUGUAUUUGUAAUGUCCUUAUUAUGAGAAGUAGACUUUGCUGUCAAAUAUUGUAUAAUCAGUGAUGACUCCAAUUAAACUGUUAAAACUA